AGACCCGGCGAAGGUAAUUUUUCGCGGAUCAUUCGAUCCCUAGCUAUCUCUCUCUCUCUCUCCAUAGCCUACCUAGAGUAGUUGAGUGCUGAUCGUGAGCGACUCUCUUCAGUAAACACUGUGCUACUACCCCUAAUCAUACUUCAAGCGAGGAAAAAAGUCCAUAGACUGACGCCGCUGGAGUCGGCUAACUCGACGAAAUGAGUAGCCUAGCGACGAGCAGCGGGAGCGGGGCGUCCAAGGAGUUCCAGGUCGGCGGCAAGUACCGGCUGGUUCGGCGGAUAGGCAGCGGGAGUUUCGGCGACAUCUACCUGGGAGUCAACGUCACUAAUGGAGAGGAGGUGGCUGUCAAGUUGGAGUCUCACAAGGCAAGGCACCCGCAGCUCCUCUACGAGUCCAAACUCUACCGGAUUCUCCAGGGAGGCGUGGGCAUCCCUCACAUAAAAUGGUACGGGACGGAGAAGGACUACAAUGUUCUAGUCAUGGAUCUCCUCGGGCCAAGUCUAGAGGACCUCUUCAACUUCUGUUCCAGACGCUUCACCCUCAAAACUGUUCUGAUGCUUGCCGACCAGAUGAUAGGGAGAAUUGAGUUUGUCCACAACAAGAACUUCAUUCAUCGAGACAUUAAGCCAGACAACUUUCUCAUGGGCAUCGGGAGACACUGCAACAAGCUGUUCAUCAUUGAUUUUGGUCUGGCCAAGAAGUACAGAGACACGCGGACCAAACAGCACAUUCCCUACAGAGAGGACAAGAACCUCACGGGCACCGCCAGAUAUGCCAGCGUCAACGCACACCUCGGCAUUGAGCAAUCGAGAAGAGACGAUAUGGAGUCGCUGGGCUACGUCCUGAUGUAUUUCAACAGAACAAGUCUCCCAUGGCAGGGGUUAAAGGCUGCCACAAAGAAGCAGAAGUACGAGAAGAUCAGUGAAAGAAAACUUUCGACUCCAAUUGAAAUCCUCUGCAAGGUAUAUUUGCUAAACAUGGAGAGGAGGAUGUGGCUGAAGAACGCAAGAAAAUCACAAGCAAAAAACGGCGCGUAUUCAACCGUUAUUUGCGCGCAUGCGCGAGCUCUCGAGGAAACUACCAAGAUGUCGUCUGAGGAAGAGGAGGAAGAAUACGUACUGUACAGAGACCGUCCGGAGUGGAAGGACGUGGUUCCGGUUCCCCAGGACGACGGGCCGCACCCCGUGGUCGCCAUUGCCUACACGGAGAAAUUUCGAGAUGCCCACGACUACUUCAGAGCAGUGGUGAAGUCAAACGAGAUGAGUGAGAGGGUUCUUGAACUAACUACCACCGCUCUCGAGCUCAACGCUGCCAACUACACCAUCUGGCACCAUCGUCGCCAGGUUCUCCAGAGUCUCAAGAAAGACCUCCGCCAGGAGAUGCAGUACGUGGCCACCAUCAUUAAGGAUGAACCUAAGAACUAUCAGGGGAGAUCUUACGGUUGUGUCCAGGUGUGGUACCACCGCCAGAAGCUGGUGGAAUGGUCUGGAGACCCCAGCGGUGAGCUAGAGUUCACGGGCAAGGCACUGCGAACUGACUCCAAGAACUACCACGCCUGGCAGUACCGGCAGUGGCUCAUUAAGACCUACAGUUUGUGGGAGGGGGAGCUGUCCUACUUGGACCAGCUCCUUGGAGAGGACCUCAGAAACAACUCUGUCUGGAACCAGAGACACUUUGUCAUCUCUGGGACCACGGGAUUCAGUGACGAAGUCGUGUCCAGAGAAAUAGAGUAUGCCAUGAAGUACAUCAGAAAGGCACCUAACAAUGAGAGUUCCUGGAACUAUCUGCAAGGAGUGCUGCGAGGUCGGCGCUACUCGGACCACCACAGUGUAGUGGCAGCCUGUGAGGAGAUGUUGGGGAGCCACAUCUCCUCUCCGUUCCUACUGGCCCUCCUGGUGGACGCGUACGAGGAGGACGGAGGACGAGAGAAGAGAGACGAGGCAGUCAAGUUGUGUCGGCUGCUGGCGGAGAAGGUGGACACCAUCAGGAAGACAUACUGGGACUACGAGGCCAAACGACUGCUACAGCCACACCCGUCUCGGGACUCCGCCCACUCCUAGGAACCACUCCGCCCACGCUUACAAACUGCUCGCUAACUCUCUCUCCCUCCCUCCCUUCCUUCUUUCUCUCUCUGCCACUAAUGUGUGGGUCUAUCUGGACGGGUGGUGUACACAGUCGUCUGUAGAUUAGGUCAUUAAAAGUGUACAGACAACUUUAUACAGAAAUGACUACACACAAAGUAACUAAUAAAGUGAUGCUUGGUUGAGUGAGGAUAGUAUAGCUCAUGAGAAUAAUAGUUUUAAAAUCUAUGUGUAUUUGCUUACAAAGACACACCAAAGACAGACCAAUCAGUGAUGCUGGUUGAGUGGGUGUAACACGGACUGGUUAUAUAUACAAGGUAUGAAGUUUGAAAGUCGCUAUCUCUCGUCCUCUGUGUCUGGUGGAGAGUCAGCAGGCAAUUCUCUGAUGUACUUCUGCAUUAUGUCGACUGGAGUGAGGUUGUACGGAGUGCUCUGCCAUCUCUGUAGCUGCCUCACCAGCCCGGCCUGCACCCGUCGCUUCGAGAAAUUCACCACUUUCUCUGGUGAGUGUGGCAGGUAGUCAGUGAGUGUCUUGUCAAUCUCCUCCAUGUCAGACAGCAGGAUACCUGGACACAUGGUAUACACAGGCACAGUGUGGCUCAGGUUGAAAUGUACAUAUUGCCCAGAUUCAGCUGUAGCUACCCAGGAAGAUGUCAUUAUUAAUUUUAAUGCAGGGGAAAAGGUAUUUCACAUCAAAUCAAAAUUCUCAAAAUGUGAUCCUAAAACCAUGCAACAACCCUCAUUCCUUGUUACUUCAUUUAAGACUAAGUUUUGAGUCACGAAAUAAUAGUUGAGC